GAGGAGACAGUUCUCAGCGAAGGGGUGCCGAGGGGAAGCGGGGUUGGGUGCAGUCGUGUUUUUGUAGCGCUGUCGAAACAACUGAGUACCGAGGGCGAGAGGAGGAGGGGGAUGGACCCCGCUCGGUCAGAUGCUGGCUUGAAUUCUCCAUUGACUUCUCGCUCAUAGCCCGCUGCCAGAUGUGGAUGUCUGGGUGGACCUCGUUCCAUCGCUCCGUGUCCGAGCGUAAAGCUUAGUUCUGCUGCUUGUGGAUCUUUCUUUUAUUGUUAUUGCCCGAAAGGACCCAUGCCGGUAGCCUGACAAAAUGAAGCCUUUGUAUUUUUCAGUCAAUUAUACCUAAUACCGAUUAGUUGGUUUGGUACAAGGGGCUGAAGCGCUGCCUCGCUCGGAGGACCAUCAGAGACUCUCGCUACAUGUAGCUGGAUGUGUGGCGGCACAUCCUAUCGCCUUCCCCACGCCUUCCUCCUCGAGCUUUUUCCAAAAUGAAGAAAUUCAAUUUUCGCAAAGUUCUGGAUGGUCUGACCGCCUCCUCGCCCGGUGGCAGCGCUGGCGGUGGUGGGGCUGGCGGAGGCUCCGCACAUCCCGGUGGAACUGCGGGCGCCGCGGGGACUCCUCGGGAGGAGAUCCAGGAGACGCUAACUUCGGAUUAUUUCCAGAUCUGUAAGACGGUUCGUCAUGGUUUUCCUUAUCUACCCACUGCCUUAGCUUUUGACCCAGUUCAGAAAAUUCUGGCAAUUGGAACAAGAACAGGAGCCAUACGAAUAUUGGGUAGGCCUGGUGUUGAUUGCUACUGCCAACAUGAAAGUGGUGCUGCAGUUCUACAGCUCCAGUUCUUAAUCAAUGAGGGUGCUUUGGUCAGUGCAUGUGCAGAUGAUACGCUUCAUUUGUGGAAUCUCAGACAGAAACGACCAGCUAUCCUACAUUCUCUGAAAUUUAACAGAGAACGAAUUACUUACUGCCAUCUACCUUUCCAGAGUAAAUGGCUUUAUGUUGGAACAGAGCGGGGAAAUACACACAUUGUAAAUAUUGAGUCCUUCAUUCUUUCUGGAUAUGUUAUCAUGUGGAACAAAGCAAUAGAAUUAUCUACUAAGACUCAUCCUGGGCCAGUUGUACAUUUAAGUGAUAGCCCAAGAGAUGAAGGGAAACUAUUGAUAGGCUAUGAAAAUGGGACUGUAGUAUUCUGGGACUUGCGAUCUAAAAGAGCUGAUUUGAGAGCUUAUUAUGAUGAGGCUAUUCAUUCUGUUGCUUGGCACCAUGAAGGGAAACAGUUUAUGUGCAGUCACUCUGAUGGAAGCCUGACCUUAUGGAACCUGAAAAGUCCUAACAGACCGUUCCAAACCACAAUCCCACAUGGAAAAAUUCAAAGAGAUGGAAAAAAACCUGAAUCCUGUAAACCAAUUCUUAAAGUGGAGUACAAAACCUGUAAGAACAGUGAACCAUUUGUGAUAUUUUCCGGUGGGUUGUCAUAUGAUAAGGCUUGUCGAAGACCAAGUCUAACGAUUAUGCAUGGGAAAGCAAUUACAGUUCUUGAAAUGGAUCAUCCUAUAGUUGAUUUUUUAACUCUUUGUGAAACCCCAUAUCCAAAUGAAUUUCAAGAACCCUAUGCUGUAGUUGUGCUUUUGGAAAAAGAUCUCAUUGUUGUUGACCUGACACAAAGCAAUUUUCCAAUCUUUGAAAAUCCAUAUCCUAUUGACAUUCAUGAGUCACCUGUCACCUGCACAGAAUAUUUUGCCGACUGUCCUCCAGAUUUGAUUCCUGUACUCUAUUCUGUAGGAGCAAAACAUAAAAAGCAAGGAUACAGCAAUAAGGAGUGGCCUAUCAGUGGUGGAGCAUGGAAUCUUGGAGCUCAGACAUAUCCUGAAAUCAUUAUUACAGGCCAUGCAGAUGGAUCAGUAAAGUUUUGGGAUGCUUCUGCCAUCACACUGCAGAUGUUGUAUAAAUUAAAAACAUCAAAAGUCUUUGAAAAACAGAAGCCAGGGGAAGGAAAAGCAACAGCUGAGAUUGUGGAAGAAGACCCUUUUGCAGUUCAAAUGAUGUACUGGUGUCCUGAAAGCCGAAUUUUCUGUGUGGCAGGAGUUUCUGCAUAUGUGGUUGUUUAUAGAUUCAGCAAACAUGAAGUAAAUACUGAAAUUGCGUCACUAGAGGUACGACUUCAGUAUGAAGUAGAAGAUAUCAUUACUCCUGAACCGGAAAUAAUUCCUCAAUUUCCAGAUGCCUCCUCCCAGCUUCCUUCUUUAAAGAGUCUUUCAGGUAGUACCAACACUGUAGCAUGCGAAGGAAUGAUGAAGGACAGUAUCCCAUGUCUUAGUGUUAAGACUCGACCUGUGCGAAUGCCUCCUGGAUAUCAAGCAGAUCUUGUUAUUCAGUUGGUGUGGGUGGAUGGUGAGCCUCCACAACAGAUUACCAGUCUUGCUGUAAACUCUGCUUAUGGACUAGUGGCUUUUGGAAACUGCAAUGGCUUGGCUGUUGUGGACUUCAUGCAAAAGACCGUACUACUGAGCAUGGGAACCCUUGAAUUGUAUGGAUCGAGUGAUCCGUACCAACGCCAACCCCGUUCACCACGCAAAAGCAAGCAGUUUGCUGCAGACAACUUUUGCAUGCGUGGCCUGUCUAACUUUUAUCCAGAUUUAACGAAACGGAUCCGUACUUCCUAUCAGAGUGGCAUGUUGUUUUCCCUCGCUCCUUUUUCUUUGUUAAUUAUUAACAACUGCCUUUCUCCUUUUUCUGUUGUUUCAGUUAAAGGAUCAAGAAAGUUAAGUCUGCCAACAGAUCUUAAGACUGAUCUUGAUCACGUGAAUGGUCACUGUACAAGCCCAACAUCCCAGAGCUGCAGUUCAGGAAAACGACUUUCCAGCGCGGACGUCUCAAAAGCAAACCGCCGAGGGCCCGGGAGGCCCCCCUUUAGAAAAGCGCAGUCUGCAGCCUGCAUGGAGAUUUCCCUCCCAGUCACCACAGAAGUAGGUUACAUUUCCAGACGGGCAAUGCUUCAGCAAUUACACGGAAUCAGUUCAUUCUCACACGACGAGCGUCACUAUACUGCUCACACAUGGAUGAACAAAGAAAACCGGGAAAACUCCUUCAGCCGUUCCCGAAGCUCCAGCGUGUCAAGUAUCGACAGGGACUCCAAGGAAGCAAUCACAGCCUUGUACUUCAUGGAGUCCUUUGCCCGAAAGAACGACUCUGCUGUCUCCCCAUGCCUCUGGGUCGGAACGGGCCUUGGUAUGGUCUUAAUCCUCUCUCUUAACCUGCCUGCCAGCGAUGACUUACGGCAGUCAGAGCCGGUCAUGGUGUCACCAAGUGGCACAGUUCUGACACUGAAAGGAGCCGUGCUGACCUUCGCCUGCUUGGACUGCACAGGGACAUUGAUACAUCCACCUUACGAAGUAUGGAGGGACCCACACAGUGCUGAUGAUGGUGAAAAAACAAGGAAAAGAAAACUUGUCAUGCAUUCCCCUUCCUCCUCCCAGGAUAUGGGUGAUCAUCAAUUUGCAGUCAUUUGUUCAGAAAAACAAGCCAAAGUCUUCUCAUUGCCUUCCCAAACAUGUCUUUAUGUCCACAACAUCACCGAAACGUCCUUUUUAUUGCAAGCAGAUGUGGUCACCCUCUGUAACAGCGUCUGUCUGGCGUGCUUUUGUGCCAAUGGGCACAUCAUGACACUGAGCUUGCCCAGCCUUCGCCCGCUGCUGGACAUCAACUAUCUGCCUGUAACAGAUAUGAGGAUAGCACGGACCUUUUGUUUCAGUAACGAAGGGCAGGCUUUGUACCUCAGCUCUCCCACUGAGAUCCAGCGCCUCACGUACAGCCAAGAGAUGUGUGACAACCUUCAGGACAUGCUUGGGGAUUUGUUUACUCCUGUGGAAACACCAGAAGCCCAAAACAGAGGCUUUCUUAAAGGACUUUUUGGAGGAAGUGGACAAGCUUUCGACAGAGAGGAGCUUUUUGGUGAGGCCACGGCAGGAAAAGCCUCUCGCAGUCUCGCCCAGCACAUCCCUGGAUCAGGUGGAAUUGAAGGUGUGAGAGGAGCCGCAGGAGGAGUCAUUGGGGACUUGACUCGUGCUCGUAUUGCUCUUGAUGAGAGAGGACAGAAACUGGGAGAGCUGGAUGAAAGGACCGCAAGCAUGAUGGCCAGUGCAGAGGCAUUUUCCAAACAUGCGCAUGAGGUGAUGCUGAAAUACAAGGACAAAAAAUGGUACCAGUUUUAACCUUUUAAAGAAUCUGCUUGUGGCUUUGUUCAGAACACUGCUGAGGGAAGCAACAUUCAUUCCCAAAUCUAUCAGUCAUCGACCGGAAACAAUUUUUUCUCCUAGAAGAUGUUUUCCUCUUACUGUAAUGGAAUCAUCACAGUGGGUGUCAAAGAAAUUUUCCAGAACAUGAGUUGGAAACUAGAGUAAUGUGGGCUUUACAGCAGCAACUGGUUUAUGCAGUAGCCAGUCUUUCCCAAAAGGAACUCAACCAUCACUGUGGCAUGUAGCUUUUUCAGAAGCUGUAGGUAUGAGAACUGUGGGGAGCGUGUCUGGUUAAAAAUACUCUGUACAAACUCGAAUGUUAAUGCACUUAGAAAACUUUGCAUGGAUAAUUGACAUAACUUAAAAAAAAAAAAAA